UAUUUGUAAGGUUUUCCUCUGUUUUUUUUUUCAAUAGAAACUUGCUUUGUUAACCGUACAUGAUUAUGAUUCAAAACAGAAUAGGGGCUAUUUAUUUUUAAAGCAAAAUAGCUGCUCUGUUUAGACACAAGUACACAACUGGCAUUUUAUUGUUAAACUAAUUGGCAGUUUAAUGAUUGCACACUUGUUGAUUCUUUUUCUGGACCGAAGUAUGAUUCGUUUUCAAGCAAUUCUUCUUUUUGUUACUUUGUAAUACUUAUAAAAACAUAAUGGCAGACUAUUUUAAUUUUUACAAAUGGCAUAAAGUUGUAUUAUAGUUACUGAUAGCUGUCUCUUGGGUUGUCCAGCAAAAUUCUGCUGUGAGGUUUCUCGUUUUGCCAUCCACCAUGCAAGCAUGUUUUUUAACUUCAUAUUGAUGAUUAAAUAGCAAAGAAACAAAAAUGUAACUUCCACUAUGAUUGAGCAUUUUAUAGUUUAAAAUUAACUUGAUACGAACUUUAUUUAAGCAGUGUUACAUCAAACCUUAUCUUAUAUUUGAAUACUGAAACUGAAUUAUCUCAGUAGCACUCUAUCACCCAUAUAAACAUAAAAUUUGCAGUAAUUAAGGAUGUAAGUUUUGACGUGCAAAUCCUGCUUCUUAAUUAUUUACUUGAGGUUAUGCGUUUCAAAAAAAAAAGUUAAGUAUGCUGCUCAAAUCUGUCUUCUUUAUGAUAUGAAGCUCUUAUUGGGCUUACAUAAGUAUUGGAACAUAGACUGAUAGACUCCAUCGAGGGCGAAUGUUUAUAUAUCGUUUUAUCAAGGCUUUGAAUUAGGGCCCAUCUUGAAUCCAAGGUUUAAUAUAAAUCGACAAUCCCAUUUUAUUUGGUAAGAGUACUCAUCAUCACACAACACCUAUGAUGUCAUAACAAAUUGUUCUUUGAAUGUAUAAUGUAAGAAAACAGCAUCGUACUCAAUGUCAAAAUUGUUGAAUUUUAAGCAGUUACUUUUGACUACCAUGCUCAAAUGACCGGUUUUUAGGUUUAAAUUUUACAAAGACAAUCAUUUCGUUUAAACUUUAAACACACAAAAACGAAGCAGUAAUAUUUUUUAUUUGAAUGGAAUGUGAGGUGGAAGCUCAGAUAAAAAUAGCUGCAAAACGGUAUCGUUAGCAAGGUCAAAAAGGUUGACAUUUUGCAACUACUUUUGACGACUAUCAUUAACGGUUUCACAACAUUAACCGUUUGGUUAUACACUCACCUGAAAUUACGAUAAAGUAGGUCCCAUAGUUAAUUUUAAUAAAAUAACCAUAUAAUAUGUUAUUAAUAAUAAUUUAAAAUAAAUCACGCCUCCACUCCCGGAACUCUCUUCCUCUUUAUAUACUUUACAACAAUAACAAGCUUCAACACAAACACGUAAACUUCUCUCUUUUAUAAUAUUUUUCCUCCCAUUUCUGUUUGGAAUAAUGGUUUCGUAUUCUAAUAAUCCUUUUGUUUACACUUUCAUAUGUCUCCUAUCAAUCGGCAACACGUUUGUAUUAUCUUCAAGUUCGUUGCCGCAUACUCAAGAUCCUAAUCUAGUAGUUGACGAGGUUAAUAGAAGUGUAUUCAAUGCGUCAAGGAGGAGCCUCGCCUACCUAUCUUGUAGAACGGGUAAUCCUAUUGAUGAUUGUUGGCGUUGCGAUCCAAACUGGGAGACAAAUCGCCAACGGCUAGCCGAUUGUGCUAUAGGGUUUGGCAAAAACGCUAUCGGAGGCCGCGAUGGCAGAAUUUACGUGGUCACAGAUGCGGCCAACGAUGAUCCGGUAAACCCUAGACCAGGAACCCUAAGACAUGCGGUCACGCAAGAAGAACCAUUAUGGAUCAUUUUCAAGAGAGAUAUGGUCAUUAGGCUCAAGAAAGAACUUAUCAUCACAUCUUUCAAGACCAUUGAUGGUAGAGGCUCAAGUGUUCACAUAACCGAUGGACCUUGCAUUAAGAUCCACUAUGAAACUAACAUCAUCAUACAUGGUAUUAACAUCCAUGACUGCAAACCAGGAUCAGGUGGCAUGAUUAGAGAUGGCCCACGUCACACCGGGUGGUGGGUCCCAUCAGAUGGAGAUGCAGUGGCGAUAUUUGGAGGCAAACACAUUUGGAUCGACCAUUGCUCUUUGUCUAACUGCGAUGAUGGUCUCAUAGACGCCAUACAUGGUUCGACCGCUAUAACAAUAUCGAACAACUACAUGACGCACCAUGACAAGGUCAUGCUUUUAGGACACAGCGAUAGCUAUACCCAGGACAAGAACAUGCAAGUCACCAUUGCGUUUAACCAUUUCGGAGAAGGACUCGUUCAAAGGAUGCCACGGUGCAGGCAUGGAUAUUUCCAUGUAGUGAACAAUGAUUAUACACACUGGGAAAUGUAUGCUAUCGGUGGAAGUGCUUCUCCGACGAUAUACAGUCAAGGCAAUAGAUUUCUCGCUCCUAAUACCCGAUUUAAUAAAGAGGUUACAAAACAUGAAGAUGCACCCGAAAGCGAAUGGAGAGGUUGGAACUGGAGAUCGGAAGGGGAUAUGUUGUUGAACGGAGCAUAUUUCCGGCAGUCAGGAGCCGGAGCUUCAUCGACAUAUGCAAGAGCUUCUAGCCUAAGUGCUAGGCCAUCAUCGCUUGUGGGUUCCAUCACAACGACAGCAGGAACACUAAGUUGUCGGCGAGGCCGUCGCUCUUGAUUAUUCAGUAUAACGAUGAUAAGGGAAUCGUUAAGAGAUAAAAAGAUAUUAAAGGAUCAUUGUGUAUAUGCAAUGGUUCCUAUAUGCAAUUCUAUCUCUCUUUUUUUUUUUAAGUUUUUCAAUGCAAUGUUACAAGUGUAAUGCGUCUGCUAUGUCUUUGGACAUUUGAGAGGGAUGAUCUCUAAAUUUAUAGUUUAAAGCUAUAUAAAACCAUUUCAAGUUU